CCCGCGGAGUCUGCGUAGGGGUUGGCGCCGGAGCGGUGCUGCCGUCGGGGGCUGACGCCGAGCGCCCAGCCCGCGGUGUCGGCGGCGCGUCGGCCUCGGUGCGCCGCCGCGGCCCGGGAGCGUCGGCCGGGCGGGCCGGCACUGAACUGAGAAGAUGUCCCUGUAUGAUGACCUGGGAGUGGAGACCAGUGACUCAAAAACAGAAGGCUGGUCCAAAAACUUCAAACUCCUGCAGUCUCAGCUCCAGGUGAAGAAGGCAGCUCUCACUCAGGCCAAGAGCCAGAGGACAAAACAAAGUACAGUCCUUGCUCCAGUAAUCGACCUAAAGCGAGGCGGCUCUUCGGAUGAGCGGCAGAUCGUGGACACUCCACCACACGUGGCUGCAGGCCUCAAGGACCCUGUUCCCAGCGGGUUUUCUGCAGGAGAAGUUUUGAUCCCCUUAGCUGAUGAAUAUGAUCCCAUGUUUCCUAACGAUUAUGAGAAAGUAGUGAAGCGCCAAAGAGAGGAGCGACAGAGGCAGCGGGAGCUGGAAAGACAGAAGGAAAUAGAAGAGAGAGAAAAGCGGCGUAAAGACAGACAUGAAGCUAGUGGGUUUUCCAGGCGACCCGAUCCAGAUUCUGAUGAAGAUGAAGAUUAUGAGCGAGAGAGGAGGAAAAGAAGUAUGGGCGGAGCUGCCAUUGCACCUCCCACGUCUCUUGUGGAGAAGGACAAAGAAUUACCCCGAGACUUCCCUUAUGAAGAGGAUUCACGACCUCGCUCACAGUCUUCCAAAGCUGCUAUCCCUCCCCCAGUGUACGAGGAACAAGACAGACCCCGAUCCCCAACCGGCCCUGGCAACUCCUUCCUCGCCAACAUGGGGGGCACGGUAGCACAUAAAAUCAUGCAGAAGUAUGGCUUCCGGGAAGGCCAGGGUCUCGGGAAACAUGAGCAGGGCCUGAGCACAGCGCUGUCGGUGGAGAAGACCAGCAAGCGGGGCGGCAAGAUCAUCGUGGGCGACGCCACCGAGAAAGACGCAGCCAAGAAGUCAGAUUCAAAUCCAUUAACUGAAAUACUUAAGUGUCCUACCAAAGUGGUCCUACUCAGGAACAUGGUUGGUGCAGGAGAGGUGGAUGAAGACUUGGAAGUAGAAACCAAGGAAGAGUGUGAAAAAUAUGGCAAAGUUGGAAAAUGUGUGAUAUUUGAAAUUCCUGGUGCCCCUGAUGAUGAAGCAGUACGAAUAUUUUUAGAAUUCGAGAGGGUUGAGUCAGCAAUUAAAGCUGUUGUUGAUCUGAAUGGGAGGUAUUUUGGUGGACGGGUGGUCAAAGCAUGUUUCUACAAUUUGGAUAAAUUCAGGGUCCUGGAUUUGGCAGAACAAGUUUGAUUUUAAAUACUAGAGCCUGAGUCAUCUCCAGCGAUCCUUCAGCGAGCUGCAGACUGAGCAGAGGAGAACAAGGCGUCAGGGGGCCUUCAUGGCUAUGGGUGCAGAGACUCUGUAAGACUUCUAAGAUAUAUGUUGACUGAUCCCUUUUUUAUUUUGUGGUUUUUUAAUAUAGUAUAAAAAUCCUUUUAAAAAAAAACAAACAAAAAGCAAUCUGUGUGCCUCUCUGGUUGUUUAUCUUUUUUAUUACCACUUCUGAGGUGAUUACAUUUUUUGCUAGGAUUUCAUGAUAAUUCUCAAGUGCUUCAGUGAUACAGCAUUUCUUGCACUUAAAAAAAAAAUCUAGAAAGUUUUGGUGGGGUAGUGUUCCCCUUUUCUUUCUUUUUUUGAUUUCUUUUAAUAAAACCUGCAAGUUACUAAACUGUAGCUUCAUAAAUUCUGUAAUAAAGUAUCAUCUUGGCAGUCUGCCUAAGGUGAAAACCUCUCCUUUCUCUAACAGAGAAAUUCUUAUUGACUCCAGUCAUAGAAAAAGCUCUUUACAACCUAAACUAAGGUUGAAGAAUCUUGAGCCUACCAUGACCUGUUUGGAUGAAUCAUUUUCAGUUAAGCUAAGUCAGACUCUAGAGAUUGUGAUGGAUUUAGGAGUAUUUGGGUAUAGAAAUCAUGAAUAUAGCAUUUGUUUUCAGAGAUUGAAGCCUCUUCUUUAGCGUAGCUCAGCAGUGACAGGUUCACUCAGAACUUCAUGGGUGCAUUGUAAAUUUGUGCCCAAUAAUGUUGUGGAAGUGGUGAUUCCCUGGGGUCAUGUUUCUACUGGCAAAAUUUGCAGUCCUGUUCUCAUAUGUAAUUUUUAAAUGGAUAAAAUUCCACCACAUCAGCUACUUAAACUGUACUGCCAAUUAAUACAAUUCUGGAAUUGUGAAAACCUGUACCAUCGAAGUACAGUGGUAUAUGUGGCUUAAUUGUUUAGCAGGAUUGCCAGACAAAACAAAUAAUAAUAUUUGGCCCGAGCAGAAAGUGUUUCCAGAAUCUGCCUGCCUGUAUUCUGCUCCUUGCUUGCCCGAAUAUUGCAUGUGACUUAACCUGAAGCGGUGGCUGGGGCCAUGCACCAUGGUGUCUCUUCAGGUCCUUUCAACGUGACAGUGUGUGUGACCCUGCGGGGGAGGAAAGUAGCCAGCGUUUCUUUGCAUCCAUGGACUUGGUUUGGAGACAUAAGGAAUAUUUUGACCCUUUUUAAAAAAGGAUUUUCUCAUGUUUUUAUUUAACAUAAAAUAAAAGAAUAACAUUUUC